UUAUCAAAGAUAUAUAGAGAAUGAGACAUGCAGAAGCAGAACUGCCUAUCAAAAAAAAAAUGCAGAAGCAGAACCUCUAAUUGGUAGUGGCAAGUUCUAAAUGCUUGUUUGUUUGGACUUUGGGGAGCAUGGAAGAAUACACAGAGGACAUUAAAGACUGGGAACAAAUCGAGCAACACCCAUCUCCCGAAACCACCUCUGAGUGGAACAUGGUGACCAAGAUCAACAAAAGCUACCUCAACGUUCAUGAUCACCAAUCUUCUUCUUCUUCUUCCACGGCGUCGACUAAUGAAUUGGGUGGGACCGGGACCCCAGCGCCGCCGCCACCACAUUUGGAUUGGUGGAGACGGGUGGCCUAUGAAGGGAAGAAGCUGCUCGAGGCUGUAAGGGUGGUUGGUAAUAGUGCGGUGUGUUCGGGGACAUUUUGGUCAAUUACGUGUGUCGCAGCAGCGGCUGCAGUGUUGGUGGCGGUGGAGAUUCGAAGGCGUCACCGGAGGCCUGGUCGGAGAAGCGUAGAUCAUGCGGUUUGUCUUCUCAGAGAGAAAGACGAGAGAAUUAGUCAACUCUUACUUCAGAUUGCACAACUCAAUGAAGUAUUAUUAUCACGUCGUCAGGUUCCAGUGCAUCGAAUCGGCAACUCAUGAUACUACAGUCAAUUAGCAUGAUAUGAGUUUCGCUGUGUUGCCUUAAUUUUUUUUGACUACGUGUAGUAAAUUAUAUACGAGAAUGGAAAUUGACACUUACAUAUAUAUAAACACUCAAAAAUCUUAAACACCAGCUCGCGUGUUGAUCAAUUGGUAUGAGGUUUUUCUAACUUAAGUAGGUUUCAGGUUCUCCUUAGUGUGAAUAGUGAAAAAUGCCGGUGUUCUAAACAAACAAACAAAAAACUCAAUUUCAUGAGGAUUCAAACCUCGAUCAUAAGGGAGAUGAGAAUUAAAUCCUUGAAUUUAUGACUAGCUGUACGAAUUCAAGUUGGCAUAAUUUUUAUUUCUAGUAUGUCAGAAAAAAAAUAAAAAAUAGAGUGGUAUAUUUUUUCCAAUUAAGAUGUGUUAUGUAUGUGCAUCAGAUUAAUAAUAACAAUAAAAUAAGUCAUGGUAAAGCUUUUAAAAGUGUUUGAUGUUUUAGAAGAGGUAAUAUCCACUGCUACUCGCCUCUAGAAUGUUUCGUUCAAGCUCAUUUUUCGUGAAGCAAACUCC